CCCGAGCAUGAAUUGAAUGUGUUUACAAGCGGGUACAUCAAAGAACAAUUAUCGAAUCUAAUAGCCGGGCUCAAAGUGCUAUUGUUACACUGUGCGGUUGGUUGUCAUACAUUGAUAGUGGUUGGAACAUUAAUUUAAAAUGUGCUUUAGAAGUGCAUACAUCCAAGUAAGAUGUCAGCGUAUCUUCUCUUUGUCGUGAUAAGUUUAACAUGUUUUCGCGAGUCUGAGUCAUCGGCAGAAUAUAAGAUAACAGAUUGGCGUCGUUGUCCGGAUUCAAAGACACGGUAUUUAGCAAUACCACAAAUAUCUAUUGAGCAGUGUGUACAUGAAUGUAAAGUUAGACCAGUUUGCAAGGCCAUCAGUUAUCAACGCCUUUUACGAUUAUGUGAAAUAUAUUCGACAGAAGUUGACCUAGGUUUGAAACCAUCCGCAGGUAGAACUCCAUGUGUGUUUAUCGCAAGAAAAGACAUUAAACAGGACACUAUCACCUGCAACUGUACAGAUGGACAAGUCUGUAACACUUCGAGUGGUUCAUGUAGCAUAAAAGAAUGUAGCCCCUAUGAUAAUGGCGGUGGUAGUGUAACCGUUCACGGCAAUAGAAACGAGGUCAAGUCGAAGAUAAAAUUGUCGUGUCAAUCAAAUGGUGGAAAUUUAAAACAGACCUCCAUCUGUAACUCUUAUGGAAAUUGGAGUCAACGACUGGAAUGUCCACAUCAAGAAUGUCCGGACGGAGACGAAUGGCUUCAACAAGACAUAAUGCCCAAUUUUGAACUGCAGUUUAACAUGCAAAAAAUGACUCAUCCAAAGGCAAAACAAAGUUGUGAAAAUUCAGGCAACCGGCUUGUCCGGAUAGACAGUAUAGUAAAGCGUGAAUACAUCAAAGGGAUAGGUACAUUAUGUGAAGGACUUAAUACAGAUUUCUGGACUGACGGAUCAAACUUUUUGGGUGAUGCAGCAAUGCGAUUCUCAGAUAAAAAUGCAAUGCCAUUAGGUGGCACGUUCUGGGAGAAAGGCCGGCCAGAUAAUUCUGACACAAGAGACAGGUGCGCUAGGUCGCAGCCAAAUAUCGGUUACCGUUGGCGAGAUGCUUACUGCGAGGAACCUUUUCCAUUUAUUUGUGAAAAACCAUAAACAGUACCUAUAUUAUUGACUUGUACCUAUUCAAAUUUGGAAACGUCCGUGGAUAAUUUUGGUAAUGUUGAUACCAAAAUGCUUGAGUCUAGCAACAAACUGUACAAAAGUCUAAACAUAGUGCAUUUCGUGCAAUUAGCGGCAAGUUAUUAUUGUGAGUUAUAAAUUGUAAAUAAUUUUGUAUCCACAUUCCCUUCUACCCAACUUCCUUUGGAAAGCUCUUAAAGGCGAUAUAACUUUGAGGUAUCUUGGUUUUUUUGUGUGACUAUUAAAAUAUUUCUCUCAACGUUUUUGCCUGUCAAUCCUGCACCAAUUUGGUAACUUUGUUUAGUUUCAUAAUAUUUUAUUGCAUAUAUAACUAUGUUGAUUUACGUCAAUUCUUUUACAUCAACAUAAUUACACAAUAUACAAAAGGGUUUGACCAAAAGCUUUUGCAACAUUAUUGAGGGCCUUCCUAUUUCUCCUGUUUAUGCGGGUGUCCAUUCCUAGGCAUAUGCUAUGAAAAAAGACAUUGCCAUGAAUGUGUUCCAUUUCAAAGACCAGAGCAUAGUCUCAGUUAUUACCAAAGUGUAUCUCAACGUGUAGCACCUUUGUUAAAGAAAAACAGUCAUUGUAAAACAACAAAUAUAGAAGAAGCACAUAUCUAGUUUUAUGUGAAUAUAAACAUAUACAUGUACUAAUUUUAUGAAGACUUAAACAUGUUAUAUGAACAAGCAAACAACUUUCCGCAUUAUUCAAUACCCGUAUAACAAGAAUUACAGGAUAGAAGAUGUCCUAUCUUGUAAAUCUAGUAUUAAAGAAGUCAAGAAAUAGUAGCCUUCACGCGUUACGAUUGUACUUUUAACUGGCGUUGUAUUUCAAAAUCCUACCGUCCGUAUAGGCCUUUACCAUGUAAGUAUCAGAUAUAGAAAUCACAUACCAUUAUAUAGUUCUAGAUAAAGUCUGUCAGUUGACUUUAAUUUUAAAUCAUUAAUGAAUAACAUACAUAUUCAUUAACUACAUGAAUAAAUAAUUGAUGACUCUACUGAACUAAUUGCUUCAGUCAGUUUUUUAUUGGCUUACACGUGUUUGAUAUAAAACCACUUGAAAUAUGUAUACACUUCAAUCAUAAACUUGUACGUUAAACACUUUCGGAAAGUGCGGAGUUGAAUAAUUCAGAUACUUUCAUCAAAUUACAUUUAAAUUAGUUCAUUUUUGUUAUUUAAGUUGAGUAAUUUAACAAUUAACUUACAUGUAAAAAUCAUUUUGCUGAGUUUCUAUCAUCAGAUAUUAAUAAAAAAUGGAUCGGGUCCUUAGUCGUCAAUUUUUGUCUAAGUGUUGAGAACUUGCACGCUUCUUAAUAAAACAUAUGAAAAGCUGAUGUUAUUUAUUCAUUGAAACU